AGGGGAGUUUCUGCCCUUCAGAUAUAUGCCACUGCUACGCCUAGUUGAAUGCGGGGAAAAGGGCUUGCCCUAGACUUUGGGAGAAGGGGGGCGACAGGGUGCAGUACGCAUCGGUGCACAGUCUAAUUUACUAUAAAGCGUGACCUGUGAUAUUCCUUGUCUUGUCACUAGCGUGAACAGUGUGACACCCGACCAGCUCCUCGAAAUCACGAAAAGCCGAUUGCUCUUAUAGUUAUUUAUCAUUCUCUAAGCGAUGCUUCUCUGCUGAAUAACGAACAGUUUAGCUAACCCUGAGACAUUUUAUACCUUUAAAACCUUUGUAAUAUUAUGGACACGGGCUACUCCCAUCAAUUCCAUUAUAUUUGCACUACCAACAGACGCCGUUUUUGCAUACGAAUUGGAUACAUGCACACCAUUUUGUUUCUGCUUCAGUAUGCACGGAUAUUGUGUAUCUUAACAAAUCUGCAGUGUUGUUGAAAUGUUGGCUUCAGUUUGCAGUCCAUCAACUUUGUCAUGUUGUUGAAGUAUGUCUUGUAUGCUGGUUGUAUUUGUAUCCGCCAGUUCUGGGAUAACUAUUAAAUUCGAGAGUCAUUCUAAACCUUUUACCUUUUUUUCUGGAGGGAUAUUUUGUGGUGCACAAAACGCCUGAGGAAAUAUGGAGGCAAAAGUUAUAAUAUGAGCGCCGGUCUGCAGUGGAGAAAUUCUAGCUCAUGUGACUGCUCAAGCCACGUGUGACAAGAAAACAUUGGCCACAACGUCUCAGGACUUGACUGGACAGCUCAGCCUUCACUACAGUCUACAUGUAUUUGUGAUGGUCUGACUAAUGUGGCGCUUUCCCAAGGUUACAUAGGACCAAACUUCAUUAUCAAAUCUAGGUCAAGCUGACUCCAGCUUGGGGAACAACUACACCCCCCCCCCCACACACACCAAUUAAAAGAAAAGCGAAUGUGGAAAGAGAUUAUUUUUUGUCAGUGUUUCAACUGCCGUUCUCUCAGAAGGAAUAGUUGGGCUGUGGUAACCAUCAUUUGAUGACUCUGCCAAAGGCAUGGGCACACUGUGCUGUUAAGUUGUUUGUAUUAGCAUCCAUUCAGUGCCCUUUGUAUCUACUGCAUGGUGAAAGGAGACCACGAGCUGGACACUUCUCAGAUGAGGAUGAGGAGGGUGCUGGCAGGAGGGUCCCGCUCUCGCCCCUGGACAGGUUCUUCUCGGAUGACGAGUCCCUCAAGGAGCAGAGGAAGAAGAAGCCGGCCAAGCUAAAAGAGGGGAAGAUGCCCAAGGUCAAGAAGAAGAAAAAAGAGGUGGCUGCUGUGAGUGAACACGAGGACACCUCCGACAGAGACGAGGACGACCACAGGCGAGAGAGGUCAGGCAGCGAGAGCAGCACCUACGCCUCCAUGAAGAAGAAGAAGAAGCCCAGGGAGAAGAAAGAGAAGAAGACCAAACGCAGGAAGAGGGAGGAGGAGGAAGAGGAUGACGACGAUGAUGAUGGGAAUAUGAAGGAGCCAAAGUCCUCCAGUCAGCUGAUGCUGGAGUGGGGGCUGGAGGAUGUGCUGUAUGCCUUCUCUGAGGAGGACUACAAGACCAUCACCAACUACAAGGCCUUCAGCCAGUUCCUCAGGCCCCUCAUUGCCAAGAAGAACCCCAAGAUCCCCAUGUCUAAAAUGAUGACUGUCCUGGGGGCCAAGUGGAGAGAGUUCAGUGCCAACAACCCGUUCAAGGGCACCUCUGCCACGGCCGUGGCUGCCGCUGUAGCUGCUGCCGUGGAAACGGUCACCGUGUCGCCACCCAUCUCCCUCAGCAGCAGCGUCCAGCAGGCGUCGCAGCCAGGGCCAAUCAGAAAAGCAAAAACCAAAGAAGGAAAAGGGCCGGGGGUUAGGAAGAAGAGUAAAAGUGUGAAGGACGCGAAGAAGAAGGGCAAAGGCAAGAAGACCAAAUCAAAGUCAAGCCAGAGUGCCAAGAGGAAAAAAGCAUCAUCGAGCGAGGAGGACUUCCUGGAUGAGUCGGACUUUGAUGAUGUCAGCAUCCACAGCGCAUCCGUCCUCUCGGACACCUCGGGGGCACCCAAGAAGAAGACGGCAACGCCGACGCCGACGACGGCAGCAGCGGCGGCUCGCCGUGGUCGCAAGAAGAGGAAAAGAGAGGAUGGUGACGGCUAUGAGACGGACCACCAGGACUACUGUGAGGUGUGCCAGCAGGGCGGCGAGAUCAUCCUGUGCGACACCUGCCCCCGCGCCUACCACCUGGUGUGCCUGGAGCCUGAGCUGGAGAAGGCCCCCGAGGGAAAGUGGAGCUGCCCCCACUGUGAGAAGGAAGGCAUACAGUGGGAGCCCAAGGAUGAAGAGGAGGAGGAAGAGGAGCCGGUGGGCGAGGAAGAGGACGACCACAUGGAGUUCUGCCGGGUGUGCAAGGACGGCGGCGAGCUGCUGUGCUGCGACACCUGCCCCUCCUCGUACCACAUCCACUGCCUCAACCCGCCCCUGCCCGAGAUCCCCAACGGGGAGUGGCUUUGUCCCCGCUGCAUGUGCCCCCCUCUCAAAGGUAAGGUGCAGAAGAUCCUACACUGGAUGUGGGGGGACCCUCCCCUGCCUGCGGAGCUGCCCCCCGGGGCGGACGGCGAGCCCCCUGACCCCCUGGCCAAACCCCCCCUGAAGGGGCGCCCUGAGCGGAUGCUGUUUGUUAAGUGGGCUAGCCUCUCCUACUGGCACUGUUCCUGGGUCAGCGAGCUGCAGCUGGAGCUCUACCACACGGUCAUGUACCGUAACUACCAGCGGAAGAACGACAUGGACGAGCCGCCGCCGUACGACUACGGCUCCGGGGAGGAGGAGCUGAACAUCGAGAAGAGGAAGAGCAAAGACCCGCAGUACGCCGUCAUGGAGGAGCGCUUCUACCGCUACGGCAUCAAGCCCGAGUGGAUGAUCAUCCACCGCAUCGUCAACCACAGUUUUGACAAGGACGGGGAUUUGCAUUACCUCAUUAAGUGGAGAGACCUGUCAUAUGACCAGUGCACCUGGGAGGUGGAUGACUUUGACGUUCCAGAGUAUGACAACAUGAAGCUGUCUUAUUGGGAUCACAGGGGGCAGAUGCUGGGUGAGGACCAUCGCCCCCUGGUGGUGAGAAAGGAUAAGAGCUCCUCUAAGGAGGAGAAGAAGAGGGAAGCUCCUCCUGAGAAACCAGUGGUAGAUCCCACCAUUAAAUUCGAGCAGCAGCCCUGGUACGUCAACGCCACCGGGGGCACCCUGCACCCGUACCAGCUGGAGGGCCUGAACUGGCUGCGUUUCUCCUGGGCGCAGGGCACCGACACCAUCCUGGCCGACGAGAUGGGCCUGGGCAAGACUGUGCAGACCAUUGCCUUCCUCUACUCGCUUUACAAGGAGGGUCACUCCAAAGGGCCAUAUUUGGUCAGCGCUCCCCUGUCCACCAUCAUUAAUUGGGAGAGGGAGUUUGAGAUGUGGGCGCCAGAGUUCUACGUGCUGACCUACACCGGCGACAAAGACAGCCGCGCGGUCAUCCGUGAGAACGAGUUCACCUUCGAGGACAGCGCUGUCAAAUCUGGCCGCAAGGUGUUCCGAAUGAAGAAAGAUACGCCCAUCAAAUUCCACGUCUUGCUGACCUCAUACGAGCUGAUUACCAUUGAUCAGGCCAUUCUGGGCUCAAUUACCUGGGCCUGCCUGGUGGUAGAUGAAGCACACAGGCUUAAAAAUAACCAAUCAAAGUUUUUCAGAAUUCUGAAUGGCUAUAAAAUCGACUACAAGCUGCUCCUGACUGGAACGCCCCUGCAGAACAAUCUAGAAGAGCUCUUUCAUCUGCUCAACUUCCUUACUCCAGAACGCUUCAAUAACCUGGAUGGCUUCCUGGAGGAGUUUGCAGACAUCUCCAAGGAGGACCAGAUCAAGAAGCUGCACGACCUGCUGGGCCCCCACAUGCUGCGCCGGCUGAAGGUCGACGUCUUCAAGAACAUGCCGGCCAAGACGGAACUCAUCGUUCGCGUGGAGCUCAGUCCUAUGCAGAAGAAGUACUACAAGUUCAUCCUCACACGGAACUUUGAGGCCCUGAACUCAAAGGGUGGGGGCAACCAGGUGUCCCUGCUCAACAUCAUGAUGGACCUCAAGAAGUGCUGCAACCACCCUUACCUGUUCCCCGUGGCCGCUGUGGAGGCCCCAGUUCUCCCGAAUGGUUCCUAUGACGGGAACCAGCUGGUAAAGUCCUCAGGCAAACUCACUCUGCUGCAGAAGAUGCUGAGGAAGCUCAAGGACGAGGGCCACCGAGUGCUCAUCUUCUCUCAGAUGACGAAGAUGCUGGACCUGCUGGAGGACUUCCUGGAGAAUGAGGGCUACAAGUACGAGCGGAUAGACGGAGGCAUCACUGGUGGCCUGAGGCAGGAAGCCAUAGACCGCUUCAAUGCUCCUGGAGCACAGCAGUUCUGUUUCCUGUUGUCGACGCGAGCUGGUGGGCUGGGCAUCAACCUGGCCUCAGCAGACACAGUCGUCAUCUAUGACUCCGACUGGAACCCCCACAAUGACAUCCAGGCCUUUAGCAGAGCGCACCGCAUCGGGCAGAACCGCAAGGUGAUGAUCUACCGCUUCGUGACGCGGGCCUCGGUGGAGGAGCGCAUCACGCAGGUGGCCAAGCGCAAGAUGAUGCUGACCCACCUGGUGGUGCGGCCCGGCCUGGGCUCCAAGACCGGCUCCAUGUCCAAGCAGGAGCUGGACGACAUCCUCAAGUUCGGCACCGAGGAGCUCUUCAAAGACGACAUCGAGGCCAUGGGCCUCUCUCGUUCUGUCUUCGUCCCCAAAGGGGACAACAAGGAUGGGGAGGAGGGCAGCGUGAUCCACUACGACGACGCGGCCAUCUCCAAGCUCCUGGACCGCAGUCAGUGCACCAACGAGGACACGGAGAUCCAGAACAUGAACGAGUACCUGAGCUCCUUCAAGGUGGCCCAGUACAUGGUGCGAGAGGAGGACGGAGAGGAGGAGCCUCAGCGUGAGAUCAUUAAGCAGGAGGAGAACGUGGACCCAGACUACUGGGAGAAGCUGCUGAGGCACCACUACGAGCAGCAGCAGGAGGACCUGGCCCGCAACCUGGGCAAAGGCAAGCGCGUGCGCAAGCAGGUCAACUACAAUGACACCUCCCAGGAGGACCAAGAGUGGCAAGAUGAUCUUUCAGACAAUCAGUCCGAGUAUUCCCUGGGGUCCGAGGACGAGGACGAAGACUUCGAGGAGAGGCCUGAAGGAGGUCGCAGACAAUCACGAAGACAGCUGAAGAGUGAGCGGGACAAGCCUCUACCACCGCUGUUGGCUCGUGUCAGUGGCAACAUUGAGGUGCUGGGCUUUAAUGCGCGCCAGCGUAAGGCUUUCCUCAAUGCCAUCAUGCGCUGGGGAAUGCCCCCUCAGGACGCCUUCAACUCCCACUGGCUGGUGCGGGACCUCCGGGGCAAGAGUGAGAAAGAGUUCAGGGCCUAUGUGUCCCUCUUCAUGAGGCACCUGUGUGAGCCAGGUGCAGACGGAGCAGAGACUUUUGCUGACGGCGUCCCGCGAGAGGGACUGUCCCGCCAGCACGUCCUCACCCGCAUCGGCGUCAUGUCUCUGGUCCGCAAGAAGGUGCAGGAAUUUGAGCACGUCAACGGGAAGCUGAGCUCCCCAGACCUGAUCCCUGCGGGGCUGGAGCUGAAGAAGCUGACGGAGGGCAUCUCCUCCGACCCCAACACCCCCGUCCUCGCCAGCCCCUAUCCCACCCAGCCCAGCACGCCUGUGCCCUCAGAGAAGGCAGAGUCGGCCUCGGGACCUGCUGAGGAAAAGGAGGCCACUGAGAACACUGACGGGGCCAAAGCCGCAGAACCUGAGGGGCCCGCCGGAUCCGAGCCCUCCCCUGCUCCAGAGAAGCAGCCCGAGGGCGAGGAGUCCAAAGGAAUCUCGGAGGACAAACCUGCGGAGGAGAGUGAGAACACGGAGACAGCGGCCGCACAGUCAGGCCCAGCAGCCAAUCCCACGCAGCCCUCGGGCAAACAGACAGAGUCAUCUACCAGCCUGACAGCGGCUGCUACAGCAGACACAUGCAGAGAAGCAGAAAAGCCCCAGGAGAAGCCUGAGGGUGAAACUCCCUCUUCCAAAGAGGACAAAGAGCAGAAAGCAGCCUCCUCGGACGAGCCCAAAGCAGAGGACGUCCCCGAGAGCCAGCUGAACGGAGAGAGGGACUCCAGGGACGAGACGGACGAGAGCCUGAAGGACGUGAAAAAUGACUGCAAGACCAAGUUCAUGUUCAACAUCGCCGACGGAGGCUUCACAGAGCUGCAUACCCUGUGGCAAAACGAGGAGCGAGCAGCCAUGUCUUCGGGCAAGACGUACGAGAUAUGGCACCGCAGGCACGACUACUGGUUGCUGGCUGGCAUCGUCACACACGGCUACGCCCGCUGGCAGGACAUUCAGAAUGACCCUCGCUAUGCCAUCCUCAACGAGCCCUUCAAGACCGAAAUACACAAGGGCAACUACCUGGAGAUGAAGAACAAGUUCCUCGCCAGACGCUUUAAGUUGCUGGAGCAGGCGCUGGUGAUCGAGGAGCAGCUGAGGCGGGCGGCCUACCUGAACAUGACCCAGGACUCCACCCACCCGGCCAUGGCCCUCAACACGCGCUUCACCGAGAUGGAGUGCCUGGCCGAGUCCCACCAGCACCUGUCUAAGGAGUCCCUGGCCGGGAACAAGCCUGCUAAUGCUGUGCUUCACAAAGUGCUCAACCAGCUGGAGGAGCUGCUGAGCGACAUGAAGGCGGACGUCACGCGCCUGCCCUCCAUGCUGUCGCGGAUCCCCCCGGUCUCGGCUCGCCUGCAGAUGUCUGAGAGGAGCAUCCUGAGCCGCCUCACCAGCCGCGGCAACGAGCCGCCACCGCAGCAGCCAUACCCUCCGGGCACCUAUGGGUGCUCUCAGAUGUACAGUGGCAGUUUCGGCGGGGGGUUCCGAGGGCCCGGGGGAGCCCUGAUCAACUACAGCCAGAUGCCUCUGGGACCCUACGUCAGUGUGUCCUCCAGUGGACCUCCUCCAUCUGGAUACCUGGAGAAGAAAUCCAGUGACCCUCUGAGAGACGUCAACACCCCUGACCUGAAGUCAGGGAAGCCCAACGACGUCAUCUGCAUCGAGGACUAGCUCCUACCCCUGCCCCAUUGAUCUGGCUUUACGAAAAAGAAAGAAAGAAAAACACUCACUGGCUAAGCUAAUACUAAGCGAGUAUUAUUAUACAGAUAUUGUAUUAACUAAUCGUAUUGAUUGCACUUUUUUUGUCUUUAACAAUCCCCCUGGUAGAGUAUCUUCAAUCUGGUGUUUUUAUUUAUUUAUUUUUUCCCCGUGGCGUGUCUCUAAUAUGAGAUACAGUUUCUUUGUCCACCAUUGGAAAAGAAGGUGCGUCACGGGACCUGGCACAGCAAGCUCGUGUUGGAGUCAUCUUGAAGAGGAUGAUUUAUCAGCCCCACCACCAGUCAUUUUUGCCAUUGUCUCUCUGUCUCUCUUCCUCUCUUGCCCCGUGUGGAGUUGUGGGUAUUAUCUCCAUUGUGGACGUGAUGCUGGAUGGACUUUCACGGCUCUGCGUGUUGAGGUGCUACUGGAUCCAGAGAAGCCCCUUCCCUUGGCUUCUUUCCCUCCAGGCCCCCUCCCAGAUCUCCCACUGUUUCUCUGUCCUUUCCACGCUCCGUCUCAUGAACAUGUGGAGCCUGUGGAUUGUGCCCUGGAACAGCCUCGUGUUCAAGAAGAGUCAUCUCUCCCACCUACUCACCCACAGACAACAGAGCCUUGCGGAGGGGCCCGCCAGGCUACCACACUCUCGGAUACUGCUGAAGUAGAGAUAUGUCCCCUGUAUAUUUUAUGUAUGUUGUAUACUGUACGACAGCAUGGCACACAACUCUCUGCUUCUGAUGAGUUUCUGUUUGUUUCCUUUUUUUUUUAAAUCCUGGUCUACAGUUUCCCUUUCAUAGCAGCUUCAGUUUAAUUAUAACGUAAUCAGGAUCCCUUUUCAGGGGGAUCGAAGAACUCUCUAAAAAGAAUAUUUUGCCUGCAAUAUGCCUCAAAACUUUGGCUGUAUUAUAAAUGACUUGCUACUCUGCAGCUGCAAUGCUGCAUUGCGGUAUGAUUUUACCCGGCUGAAAAUCUCAGAUGUAAAUAGUUAAAGAGAAAGCCGUUUAUUUUCCCUCACAGAGUGACAGGAAGAUAAGUCUUUACUCAAAGGAAACAAGGCAGCCAUGUGCAGUUUAAAGCAUUAAAGCAAGCAGCAUUAAUUUAAUGUUAAUUAAGCAAGCAGAUAAACGAUUGCUAGGAUUAGUUUGUGCGCUGCUUCGGGAUGUAAACAGAGGUUUUGUAAAUGUUCUUUGAGCCUACCACAUGAAUGUUAGAGAGAGAAUGUGAAAGCCCUCCCUACCCUGUGGUAUGUCUCAUGGUAGCUGCACCAGGUUCUGGAAGCAAUCCAUACUGUGAUGACUUUGAUGGGAGGGUAUCAUAGAGGGGGGGGGGGGGGUCCCUUUUCAUAGCAAGGAACAGAUAAAAAUAAGUAAAAAAAAAAAUAACAGAAGUGCUUGCAUCACUAUGUCACCUUUCGGCCUCUGAUUUCUGCUUCAUAUUUCUCCAUGAAAGUGCGAUGUGUAUUCAAUGCGAAGUAUAACGUUUUGUGUCUGUGAAGCGAACGUAAAACAAAACAACAGAAAAACUAAAACUGUGCCACUGAACAGUUGUUCGGAGCCGUGUGCUCUGUGUGUUUCAGGGUGUGUGUUUUUGUUCCCCGGUGGAGGAGCGAGGUACAGUGAAGUUCAUAUUCUAGAGACAGCAUGACAAGUUCGCCACAGAAACAGCACUCAUACUGUCCGUCUGUGAUUGUCUGACUACCUUGGAAAACAAAAAAAAAUAACGUUUUACUGCUAUUUUUUGUCUUUUAAUGAAUGUCUUUUCAAUAUUUUUAUCAACAACCUCCUUAUGAGGUGUUUUGUUUUUCUCCAAAGACCAGAGGCAUUACUCAUGUUCUUUUUUUAAAAGUUAUGAUUCUCCUUAUACGAUGAUGAUGAUGAUGAUUAUGAUUAUUAUUAUUAUUAUUGUCGUUGUUGUAUUAGUACAGCGCUUUACUGUGGAAAUGUAAGUCUAAAAUGGUGUAAUCUUUAUGGGGGGUCUGGAGCAGUGCAAUGUAUGAAGCAGGGGUGCGUCAUGUCUUUGAGUAUUUCAGUGUGUUUUGAUAAAGAAAAGGCACUAAGUGUCUCUAAGUGUGGGCCAGAGAUGGGACUGUUGAACAGGUGACCUGAUGACCUUGAGAUUUUCUGCCUUGCGUGUCCUCCUUGGGCCAAACCUGUGUUUGUCAAAUGACUGAAUGAAGCACUUUAUCUGGGGAGAGAUACUGUCUCAAGGUGUCAUUGGAGUCCAAGUGUAAAUGACGGCCAGACUAAAGUCGGUUCUUUGAAGUAGUUAGUGCGGUAGACAUCAUUAACACACAACUUUGCAGCCCCCUCUCAAAACCCUCUUUCAAAAGAGCAGCCUUCGAUUCAGGUUGUUCUCCUCCAAACGUAUGUAUGUACAGUCCACUUAAGUACCAAGCUCAACCCUUUGAUUGUGUGCCUAACUCGGGCCAUAAUGCACAGUGGUUUUGAGUAGUUUUGAGACAAAAUGCGUACGAUCAAGCUGUACGAGCUUGUGUGUAAAACUCAUCCAACAUAGGCUCAUAAGGUAACGUUUCCCUGGCUUGAACUCACUAAGUGAUGUCAAAAUACCAAUGCUCAUUUGCUUGCAACUCUGGCAUGUCAUGUGACAGUUGUUGGUGUCCACAGACAUCUAAAUGUUCAGUAGGCCAUACACUUACAGUAGCCCAGACCAGAGACAAGAAACCAAUGCCGUAUGAAGACCUAACGUUUUCUCACUCUACAGUAUUUUGUUGGAUGGAGGAAGUCAAAAUUUGACCCAGAUCUUUGUAAGCAGCCAGUUAUUUUUUUUGUUUCUGUUUAGUCAAAUAUAGUUCUGUUGUGUUCUUAGUUCAUCAGAGUGCCGAAAAACGACUGACUAUAGCUCUAAAUGAAAUGCAAUCAAACUGAAGCCAGUAUGAAUGUAGGAAGUAUAUAGCAAACAUAAGAGGCUUCAGUCUAAUACUAUUCAAUGUAUUUACACUAUUCACUCAUUAACUCUUGGCUUUAAAAGCUAUCAGGAGACCUUGGCUGCGGCACCGUUCGAUGUGAAAUACGCACAGCAUGUAGAAAUGUUCUCUGUCGACUUUGAGGAGGCAGAUGUGUAUUUAUUAAGGAAAGGAGGUGUGAUCAGUUAUGGAAUGCAGUAUUUCGCUCCGGUGCGAGCAUUUGUUGUGAACAAGAAGUGAAAAGGACAUGAACAAUGAGUCAUCAUCUUUUCCUUUGUACUCAGUGUAUUUGUUUAAUGUGUUUUAAUAAAUUCUCUCAGUAAGAAAUGAGAAACCAAA